AUGAAUCAAGAACCUGUUGCAGAGGUCCAAGACCCACAGCAACAAACUAACAAUUUGUCUCCUUCCCUAUCUAACAGCAACUCAGAAAACAACUCUGUCUUGUCUGCCCCAUCUCAAAAAAAUGAUGAUGAUGAAGUUAAAGAAUUCGGUAAUGACGGUGAAAUUGCUGCCGCUGAAAUGCCAAAGAAGCCAGCUUCCGCUUACGUUACCGUCUCUAUCUUAUGUUUAAUGAUUGCCUUCGGUGGUUACGUUUACGGUUGGGAUACUGGUACUAUUUCCGGUUUCGUUAACCAAACUGAUUUCUUAAAGAGAUUCGGUCAAAAACGUCACGAUGGUACUUACUACUUAUCUAAGGUCAGAACUGGUCUAAUGUUAGCUAUUUUCAACAUUGGUUGUGCUAUCGGUGGUUUAGUCUGGUCCAGACUUGGUGAUAUCUAUGGUAGAAGAAAGGCUUUAGUCUUUGUUACCAUUGUUUACGUUAUUGGUUUAAUUAUUUCUAUUGCUUCCAUUGACAAAUGGUACCAAUACUUCAUCGGUAGAAUUAUCUCCGGUAUGGGUGUCGGUGGUAUUGCUGUCUACUCUCCAUUAUUGAUUUCCGAAGUUUCUCCAAAGCAUGUCAGAGGUACUUUAGUCUCUUGUUACCAAUUGAUGAUUACUCUAGGUAUUUUCUUAGGUUACUGUACUAACUACGGUACCAGAAACUACGACAACUCCGUUCAAUGGAGAGUUCCUCUAGGUCUAGGUUUCGCUUGGGCUUUAUUCAUGAUUGCUGCUAUGUUCUUCGUCCCAGAAUCUCCACGUUUCUUAAUUGAAAUUGGUCAAUUCGAAGAAGCUAAGAAGUCUGUUGCUCAAUCUAACAAAUUGACCGUUGACGAUCCAUCUGUUAUUGCUGAAGUCGAAUUCUUAACUGCCGGUGUUGAAGCUGAAAGAGCUGCUGGUUCCGCUUCUUGGGGUGAACUAUUCAACCCAGAAGGUAAGAUCUUACACAGAGUUAUCAUGGGUAUUAUGGUUCAAACUCUACAACAAUUGACUGGUGCUAACUAUUUCUUCUUCUACGGUACUACUAUUUUCCAAGCUGUCGGUAUGAAUGAUGGUUUCGAAACUUCUGUUGUUAUUGGUAUUGUCAAUUUCGCUUCUACUUUCCCAGCUUUAUACUUAACUGAAAGAUUCGGUAGAAGAACCUGUCUAUUAUGGGGUGCCGCUGGUAUGAUCUGUUGUUUCGUUAUUUUCGCUUCUGUCGGUGUUACUAAGCUAUGGCCAGAAGGUUCCGAUCAUCAAGAUAUCUCAUCUAAGGGUGCUGGUAACUGUAUGAUUUGUUUCACUUGUUUCUUCAUUUUCUGUUUCGCUACUACCUGGGCUCCAACUGCUUACGUUAUUGUUUCUGAAUCUUUCCCAUUGAGAAUCAAGGCUAAGGGUAUGUCUUUGGCUAUUGCUGCUAACUGGUUCUGGAAUUUCUUAUUAGGUUUCUUCACUCCAUUUAUCACCGGUGCCAUUAACUUCUACUACGGUUACGUUUUCAUGGGUUGUCUAUGUUUCUCCUGGUUGUACGUUUUCUUCUUCAUUCCAGAAACCAAGGGUCUAUCUCUAGAAGAAGUUAACACCAUGUGGGAAGAAGGUGUUCUACCAUGGAAGUCUGCCGAAUGGGUUCCACCAUCCAAGAGAGGUGCUGAAUACGAUGCUGAUGCUUUGGCUCAUGACGAUAAGCCAUGGUACAAGAGAAUGUUGUAA